AUGUCAUUCUCUGAGGCUUUUAAAAUGUUUAAACGUUUUAGACUGUUUGAGCCAUCUUUAGGAGUUUUGGGGUUCUUUUUGGUCAUAGUCUGUGUGGUUUUCUGCUUCUUUUACUUGGAUUCAAGAAGUUUCUCUAAAGGGUAUCGAUUCUCUGGCCAAUCAGAGCGAUUCAUGUGGUUGCAGACUAGAGGGUCCGUAGAAGAAAAUCAUAGAGUUGAGUUUCUUGAAGAAAAAAGUGACUCUUGUAAUGUUUUCAAUGGUGAUUGGGUUUGGGAUGAAUCAUAUCCUUUGUAUCAUUCGAAAGAUUGCCCUUUUUUGGAUGAAGGCUUUCGUUGCUCUGAGAAUGGUCGUCCUGAUUGGUUUUACACCAAAUGGAGAUGGCAACCCAGGAAUUGCAACUUGCCCAGGUGA